AUGGCCGUUGAUUCAACUGACAGGCGAGAUUUCAUCGUGAAAAUCAACGGCGAAGAUAACGGAGGCGUCGGUGCUACAGGUUCAAGCAGCAAUGCCGUCGGAGGAAACAUUUGGAAUGAAUCAAGCUAUGAUUUUUGGGAUGGUGAAAAAGGUAAGAAUGAUGAUAAAGAAGGAGGAGGAGGCGGCGGAGCCGACGACGAAGACGGUGGGAGUUUCCAUUUUACGCGGCGGAAGGCGAAGUCGGAGGAUCUACCUCAUCCACCGUUGAAGCUAAGCCAUCAAUUUCAUCAAAAGCAGAAAUCUUCCGGCGGAGAGAUCUCCGUAGAUAUUGAUCAGCUUAACAUGGCGGAGCUACAGAGCAACACGGCGGCGACUGGCUUAACGCCGAUCUCGGAGUCAUCUUCUCCGUUCACGGUUAAAGUUAAAUCCGACGCGGUUAGACAGAGGCAGAACAGAUCAUGGCUCGGUGGAAGUAGCGACGAAGAAGGUCGUAACGGUAACAGAGACGAAGCAGAGGUUGUGAAGCGUAGCUCGAAUAAACCGGUACUGAGCAGAAACCAUACGAAAUCUAGGUUGCUUGAUACGCCGACACCGACACAUCCAGCGAUUGACAAAACAGAGAUGAAAUCUGGUCGGAGAUCCGGGAUGUUGAAAUCAGGGUUUCUUGGGAGAAGCCCUAAACCGGGGACUCCAUCUCGCGGCGGGAUCUUUGAUGAAGAAGAAGAGGAAGAUCCGUUUCUUGACGAGGAUCUACCAGAAGAAUUCAAAAGGGACAAACUCAGCAUAUGGGUUUUUCUUGAAUGGAUAAGUUUAGUGCUAAUAAUCACGAGUUUGGUAUGUAGCUUAACCAUACAUAACUUGCAACGCAAGACAUGGUGGAAGCUGGCUUUAUGGAAAUGGGAAGUGACGGUUUUGGUGCUGAUUUGUGGGAGAUUAGUCUCGAGCUGGAUAGUGAGGAUACUCGUGUUCUCGGUGGAGAAGAAUUUCUAUUUGAGGAAAAGGGUUUUGUAUUUCGUCUACGGAGUACGAAGAUCGGUCCAAAACUGCUUGUGGUUAGGGCUAGUGUUGCUCGCGUGGCAUUUCUUGUUCGAUAAGAAAGUACAAAGAGAGACUCGGUUUACUGCGAUUAGGUACGUGACGCGAGUGCUGGUCUGUUUGCUCGUCGCUGUGAUCAUUUGGUUGAUUAAGACAAUUCUGGUUAAGGUUAUGGCUUCAUCGUUCCACAUGAGCACUUACUUUGAUCGGAUUCAAGAAUCAUUGUUCACUCAAUACGUGAUUGAAACUCUUUCGGGUCCUCCUUUGAUGGAAAUUCAGAGAAUGGAAGAAGAAGAGCAGAAAGUAAUAGAAGAUGUCAAGAGCUUAGAGAAAUUAGCUGGAGCUAAGUUGCCUCCAGCUCUAAAAGCGACGGUUAAAAGUUUUAUGAGAGUCGGGAAAAGUUCGAAAUGGUCUCGGGUUGGUUCGAAGAAGGAUGGAGAUAGCGAAUGGAUAAGGAUUGAUCGUUUGCAGAAACUGAACAUAAUGAAUGUGUCUGCUUGGAAUAUGACCAAGUUGAUGGAUAUCAUACGAAAAGGCGCUAUUUCUACUUUGGAUAAACAUAUACAGGAGACAGUUGAUGAGGACGAGGAUGCUACACAGAUAAGAAGCGAAUUUGAAGCAAAAAUCGCAGCUAAGAAGAUUUUCCACAAUGUCACUGAGUUUGGUUCCAAGUACAUACAUUUGGAAGACUUCUUGCGUUUUCUGUCUGAAGAGGAGUCUGAAAGAGCAAUGGCUCUAUUUGAAGGAGCUUCAGAUAGCCAUAGGAUCAGCAAGUCUUGCCUCAAGAAUUGGGUGGUUAAGGCGUUUAGAGAACGGAGGGCUUUGGCUUUGACCUUAAGCGAUACAAAAACAGCAGUGAAUCGGCUUCACCGUAUAAUCAAUGUGUUGAUUAGUAUUAUAAUCAUAAUCAUCUGGCUUCUUAUACUUGGAAUUGCCACAACCAGAUUCUUGCUAGUCUUAAGCUCUCAGCUCCUUCUAGUAGCUUUUGUAUUCGGAAACUCGUGCAAAACCAUCUUCGAAGCCAUCAUUUUCCUUUUCGUUAUGCACCCAUUUGAUGUUGGUGACCGCUGCGAAAUCGACGGUGUUCAGUUGGUUGUGGAGGAAAUGAACAUAUUGACGACUGUUUUCUUGCGGUAUGAUAAUCAAAAGAUCGUAUACCCGAAUAGUGUUCUCGGCACAAAACCUAUAGCUAACUUUUUCCGAAGUCCCGAUAUGGGAGAUGCCGUCGAAUUCUGUGUUCACAUAGCAACUCCUCCAGAAAAGAUAUCUGCUAUUAAACAGAGAAUACUCAGUUAUAUAGACUACAAGAAGGAUCAUUGGUAUCCUGCACCUAUGAUUGUGUUCCUAAGCAUGGAUGAUAUGAAAAGUAUAAAGAUCGCGGUGUGGCUGACACACACAAUGAAUUUUCAAGAUAUGGGAGAGAGGUUUAUAAGGAGAGGUCUAUUACUAGAGGAAGUUGGAAAAAUUUGUAGAGAGCUCGAUAUCGAGUAUCGUUUAUAUCCUCAAAGCAUUCAUAUCCGAAGUAUGCCUCCUCCGCUUACUUCCGGGGUUUCAGACCGUCUUCCUCCUCCCUGGAUGCAGCCACGCGGUGCCUAA